AUCAAUGAAUCCAAAUGAUGAAUAGUAGAGAUUAUAUCAAAUGUUCUAACAAAUGGGUAAUCCAGACCCAUAUGGAAGAAUGUUACCAGUGCCUAAUUCCCCGUAUUACUCUUGUUGGACUCCUCCUUUUCCAUAGCCAAUGAUGCCACCACCACCUAAUUAGAAAUACCCAUUUCCAGAUUAAUUUAUGCAUGAUUAAGCUCUCUAAAUGAAUAAUCUAUAACCUAAUCAAGGUGGAAUGAAUAUGAAUGGUAUUCCAUAAGGUUUACAAAACAUGCCACCUAUGCCAAUGGGAUUUGGAAUGCCUCCUAUGGGACCAGGUUAGCUUCCACCUGGAGCAAUGGGUCCAGGUCCAAUGGGUCCUAUGAGUACUAUGGGGCCAAUGGGUCCUAUGGGACCUAUGGGUCCAGUGUAAUUACCAGGAAUGGGACCUAUUCCAUAAGGACCUAUGGGAUAAAUGCCGCCUUUUGAUUUUUAAUUUAAACAAUAACCACAAUUAUAAUAGUAAUUAGGACCAAAUCAAAUAAUACCAUAAUAAUAACAAUAAUAAUAAUAACAACAUCUACAACCAUAACCUAUAUAAUAAUAAUAACAAUAGCAAGUCUAACCAUAAUAAUAAACACCUUAAUUUUAAACAUAAACAAAUUCAAAUACAAAUACUAAUAAUAAUAAUAAUAAUAAUAAUAAUAAUGCUAUGACUUAAUAAAAUAAUCUAGAAUAAGGUAUUUAUUUGCAUUUCCACUUACAUAGGUUUUUCACAAGUUGUUAAUGAAUUUUAAUUAAAGAUUUUGAAUAUGUUUGUUUAAUAAAAUUAAAUGUUAUUAGACUUUAAGAAUAAAAAUGCCAAUUUAGAAAAUGUUAUUACAUAAAUAUUAGAUGAAAUUACAAAUCUAUAAAAAAUUGUUGAAUAGAAAUUUGAUAAUGGAUAAACAGAAGAUUUUGUUAGCAGAUGUAAUAAUUUAAAUUCUAAAUUCUUAGUAUCAAUACCACAUCAAGAAAUGACUCAUAAUAAUAUAUUAUUAAAGUCAUUAUCCUAUAAUCUAAAUGAUUUUCAAUAUUAAUUGAUAUUAAUUAAUGAUUUAGAUACAGUUUUAUUUAAAGACAAAAACUUUAAUCUUGAAAUUGCUCUAAAGGAUAUGAAAGGAUAAAAUAUUAAAAAUAAAAAUAAAAUAGAAUUAGAGAUACAAUUAUAUUCAUCAGAUGAUAAACCAACAAUAUUGCAAUAAAAUUCUUAGAAUUAAGUCAUAUUAAGAUUACCUGAAGAUAACAUUUGGUUAGAAGAUGGUUUAGCAGAAGUUGAGAAACUUUAAAUUAAUGAAGUAACAUCUCAUUAUUAAAAUGGUUGGGUACACAUGAUAGUUUAUCCAAUUAAAAAUAAUAAUAAAAUAGGAUAAGAUGACAUAAAUCCUGUAUUAAUUAGACCAUUAAUAUUGUAAAUUGUAGUGAAAUCAAAAAAAACAUUUAAAAAGUAUUUACUAUUAUUAUUUAGAUCCUCUCGAUCUAGAUCAAGAUCUCAUGAAAGAUUAAGAAGAUUAGAAAAGUUAGAAGAUAAAUCAAGUUCAGAAUCAGAGGAAGAAAUGGAAUAAAGAGAUGCUAAAAUAUCAUAAGAAUAAUAAAAUGAAAUUGAAAAUUAAAAAGAUUAAUAAUUAGAUAAUUAAAUAGAAGAAUAAAAUGAAAAUGAUUAAGCUAAAGAUAAUGAUAAUAAAAGUAAUAAUAAAGAGAUUAAUAAUGUUUAAUAAGAUGAAAAUUAAGUAGAAAAAGAAGAAAUUUAUUAAAAUAAUGAAUCUGAGUCUUGA